UAUGUAUAAUUAGAAAUGGACUCUCGCACGUGCCUAUCCACCAGCGAGCCGAUCGCCCCCUUCGGUCUUCCUCGGCUCGGGAACGAAGGUUCGAGGAUCUUGAAGAUGGAGUUAUCUACGUUGGUUCUUCUCGUAAUGGCUUGUGGUUUGAGGGUGGGAGCUGAUGGAACCAAUCAUAGGUACAAAGAGGGUGAUCAUGUCCCCCUAUUUGCCAAUAAGGUCGGACCUUUCCACAACCCCAGCGAGACAUAUCGUUACUAUGACUUGCCAUUCUGCUCACCAGAGCAUGUUACCGAAAAGACGGAAGCCCUUGGGGAAGUUCUAAAUGGUGAUCGUUUGGUCGAUGCACCGUACGAAUUAAAUUUUCUGGAGGAGCAGCGGUCAAAGUCUCUUUGUAAAAAAAACUUGUCAAAAGAAGAUGUUGCAAAGUUCAGACAUGCUGUAUCAAAGGACUAUUACUUUGAAAUGUAUUAUGAUGAUCUGCCUUUAUGGGGUUUUCUGGGCAAGAUUGAGGAGGUCAAGACUGAUUCGGGCAAAGACAAGUACUUUCUCUUUAAACACAUCCACUUCAAUAUCCUUUACAAUGAUGAUCGGGUCAUAGAGAUCAAUGUACAAACAGACCCCAAUAUUAAUGUGGAUAUCUCGGAGGAUAGGAAAUUGGAUGUCGAGUUUUUAUAUUCUGUGACAUGGAAAAAUACUGACAUAUCUUUUGAAGAAAGGAUGGCAAAGUACUCAAGAACAUCCUCUAUGCCUCAACAUUUAGAGAUUCAUUGGUUCUCAAUUGUUAAUUCAUGUGUGACUGUCCUUCUUCUGACUGGGUUUCUUGCUACGAUUCUCAUGCGUGUGCUCAAAAACGAUUUUGUAAAAUAUUCUCUCAUUGAGGAGUCUCUUGAAGAUCAAGAGGAUUCUGGAUGGAAAUAUAUCCAUGGAGACGUCUUCCGAUUUCCAAAGAACAAGUCUUUGUUUUCAGCUAUUAUUGGUUCUGGAACUCAGCUCCUAGUGCUUACAAUGUUCAUCUUCCUUCUUGCACUUGUUGGUGUGUUCUACCCAUACAAUCGGGGAGCCCUUUACACAGCUCUUGUUGUCAUCUAUGCUCUGACUUCUGGUAUCGCUGGUUACACUGCGAGCUCCUUCUAUAUGCAGCUCGAAGGGACUAAUUGGGUGAGGAAUUUGUUGUUGACUGGCUGCUUAUUUUGUGGUCCCUUGUUCUUGACAUUCUUCUUCCUGAACACUGUUGCUAUUACAUAUAGCGCAACUGCAGCUCUGCCAUUUGGAACCAUCCUUGUGAUUCUACUUAUAUGGGCAUUGGUUACUUCCCCUUUGCUCAUAUUGGGUGGGGUUACUGGUAAAAACAGCAAAACUGAAUUCCAAGCUCCAUGCCGUACCAACAAGUACCCAAGAGAAAUUCCUGAAUUGGCAUGGUAUCGAGGCACCAUACCUCAGAUGGCAAUGGCAGGAUUCCUUCCUUUUAGUGCCAUCUAUGUAGAACUCUACUAUAUAUUUGCUAGCGUGUGGGGUCACAAAAUAUAUACAAUAUAUAGUAUCCUAUUUAUUGUUUUCAUCAUUCUUAUAAUUGUCACAGCGUUCAUCACUGUUGCAUUGACAUAUUUCCAACUUGCCGCAGAGGAUCACGGGUGGUGGUGGAGGUCUGUUCUUUGUGGAGGCUCUACCGGCGUAUUCAUCUUCUUCUACUGCAUAUACUACUAUCACGCGAGAUCAGACAUGUCGGGCUUCAUGCAAACAUCAUUCUUUUUUGGUUACAUGACUUGCAUUUGUUAUGGAUUCUUCCUUAUGCUCGGGACUGUCGGUUUUCGUGCUUCUUUGCUGUUCGUGCGACACAUAUAUCGUUCCAUCAAAUGUGAGUAAAAAAUUAUGCUUUCUGCUGACAAAAUUUCACAAGGGAUCAUAUUGCAGCGACAGCGACCAUAUCGUGCCAUCUGCUUUCCGCUUGUUGCGUGAUUGUGAAGACUCAUUAGCGCAACCUGGAUGAGCGCAAUCAUUUUCACACAUCAAGCUUGAAGCAUUAACUUAGUCAACUGAUGAUGGACAAUUAAAAUUGUCUGUAGCCAUCAAUCAAUUUGAAUUUUACUCUGUAUCAGAGAUUCUCUAUUCCUAAAUGGUAAUGUUCUGCACUUGGGAGGUCU